AUGGACCGUAUAUCAGAAUUGCCAGAACCUAUUCUACAACACAUCCUCUCCUUCCUUCCAUUUAAACAAGUUUUUCAAUGUGCAAUAUUGGCCAAAAGGUGGAAACAUGUGUGGUCUACUUUCCCAAUUCUUCGGUUUGAUCAUACCUAUUUCAACUCGUUAUCAAAAAUCGCGAGAGGCCGGGAUGUCUGGCUGAAGAGAGGGGACUUGUACAGUUUUGUGGAGCAGAAUUUAGAGAGCCGACGAAAGCAGAGGCUUCUUGUAAAGAAUUUUACACUUAGCGACCGCUUGGGUAGACAGAAAUCAGCGUCUCGCGUUGACCGUUGGCUUAGCUUUGCACUUGAGAGUAACGUGGAAGAGCUGAAUCUUGAUUUUGAAAGGUUUGCUAGUGUAUGUUAUUGCUUGCCUCAGAGUGUUCUGCUUUCUAAAUCAUUGCGUUUGUUAAGUUUACAUCGCUGUAAGUUCGAUACAAGUAGUACUGGUGGUCUUAUAAACAUGUCCUCUUUAAGAAAAGUGUGUUUAGUUGAAGUUCAUAUGGAUAAUCAGUUUUUACAAAGCCUAGUUGUUGGGUGUCCUGCGCUAGAAGACAUGAAUUUGAAAUGGUGUUAUGGUUUGAAAGGUAUAGAAUUGUUAUGUCAUCAUGGAUUAAUGGCUGUUGGCAUUGAAGAAAAUCGUGACCUCGAGAGAGUUGAGUUGGAAGCACCAAAUCUUUGUAGUGUUCAUAUAGUUCAGACAUCUUGUGAGAUUAACCUGAAUCUAGUUGAAGUCAAGCUUGAUGCUCCUAAAUUAUGUAGAUUCGAUCAUUAUACUCGUUCUGUAAUAUCGUUAUCAUCAUUGAAUGCUUUGAAUCUGUCGGUGGCUACUUAUGGCAUGAUUAGUCGUGAUGAUCCUUGGAAUGUUAAGAAGAUUGAAUUCCUCUCAAAGCUGAGUAAUUCAAAGUUAUUGAGUUUGUCACUUCAGUCGGCCGAGAAUGCGAUUAUGCCAAAAAGAUUGAGAAAAACUGUAUCAUCACCAACAUAUAAUGUCAAGCACCUGCAUUUGAUUUUAUCUUCUCCAAUGUCAUUUACAAGAUAUGCAAUUGGCGAACUUGUGGAUAGCUUGCUCUGGAUUUCUCCUCUUCUGGACUCUCUAACAAUAGAAGCCGGCUCCAUUUAUAAGCCAGAUGAUUAUGACAAAAUAUCUUUCAAGCUGUCAUAUGAAAAGCCUGUUUAUAAAGGGGAGAAUUCUAGCUGUUGCAAAUUCCUUCCAUUUCCAUGUUGGAGGCAUUGCUUGAAGACCGUUGAGAUUGACAAUCGUAGAGGAAGUGCAGAUAAAGAAAUCCUAAGCAAUUAUUUUUUUGAGAAUGCAAAAACCUUGGAGAAUUUCCAGUUUCUUGUUGGUGGAAAGAAGAUCAUCGAUGAUGGGACUUUUGGGACACCAGAAUAUUGGACCUUUGAGGGAGUUCCCCUUAAAAAAUCUGCAUAUAUACCUGAUUGUAAAAUGAUUAAACACCUUAAAUCCCUCUACUAUCUAGAUCUGUUGAAUCUAGAAAACCAAAAUAAUCCAAUGAAGCCAGUCAUUUCUUUGGCUAUGUUUGGUAGGUCGGAUUAA